AGUAGGACAGAAUGUGCGUCGAAAUACGAUAAUUUUGGUCGAUUUGCAGAUAAGUGAUCUUACGUAUCUGGCAACGCCGGAUCGAAGAACGAAAUACGUAGACUCGAAAGUGGACGUGUGUGGAACGGCAUGAAGAAAAACGUCAAAUAUGAAGAAAUUUUAUAGUUAAAGUGAAAAAGUGCGAUACGACUUAGUGUGUAAGAUGUGUGGUAACGUGUGUAUGUGUAGAUAAUGCCGUUAAUUUACCGAAUAACUCGGAAAGUACAUUUGUAAACAAACUGAGCUAGUUUCGUUCUUUCAAGAUGGCUGGACGUUGAAGAGAUUCUUUGUCCGUAUGCCAGUAUGAAAGUUGAGCAAUUCGCCCAAAGUAGGAGGAUCGAAAGGGAAUGCAUGACAUGUUCAUCCAAUCCCAGCAGUUGGUCACAAAUAGCAGCAAUACAAUCAACAACAACAACAACGGAUCAGUGCAAUACAAAAAGCGUAAGGCGGGACAUUAUAGCAGUGACAGUGGUAUCUUUAGCACUGGCGCAGAUUUGUCUAUAGUCGAACAAGUUUUCUCUGUGAACCACCAAGGGUAUACAACUAACUUUUCAACCAAAAAUGUCAGUCCAGGCGACAAUCAGCAACCUUUCGUACGAGCUUCUACCAUCAAGCUUCUAGAUACGUACCAGCGCUGCGGCCAAAAGCGAAAAACACGGUCCCCCGAAGGGAAUGUUAAUAGCUGCGAGGAGGCGGCUGUCGUAUCCAAUACCACAGAUUGUCCGACAACGGCAACCACGACGGCCCACAGCAAGGUUACGGCGGCUUCGGGGGCCAACAACCCCCAGCCGCAAGGUAAGAAAAAAUGUUCUGGAAGCGGUGCUGAUGGGGACUAUCAACUGGUACAACAUGAGGUGCUCUAUUCCAUGGCCAACCAAUAUGAGGUGCUCGAAUUUCUUGGAAGGGGCACCUUUGGCCAAGUGGUCAAGUGUUGGAAGAAAGGCACCAAUGAGAUUGUCGCAAUCAAAAUAUUAAAGAACCACCCUUCGUACGCCAGACAGGGUCAAAUCGAAGUCAGUAUCCUGUCUAGACUGAGCCAAGAAAAUGCGGACGAAUUCAAUUUCGUCAGGGCGUACGAAUGCUUCCAACACAAAAACCACACUUGCCUCGUGUUCGAGAUGCUCGAACAGAACCUUUACGACUUCCUGAAACAGAACAAGUUCAGUCCGUUGCCGCUCAAGUACAUCAGGCCGAUAUUGCAGCAGGUUCUGACUGCGUUGCUCAAACUCAAGCAAUUAGGUCUCAUUCACGCCGAUUUAAAGCCAGAGAAUAUAAUGCUCGUCGAUCCCGUUCGGCAACCGUACCGUGUCAAAGUUAUCGACUUUGGCAGCGCUAGUCAUGUCAGCAAAGCAGUAUGCAACACAUAUCUUCAGUCUCGGUACUACAGGGCGCCCGAAAUCAUCUUGGGCCUGCCUUUCUGUGAAGCGAUCGACAUGUGGUCGCUUGGGUGUGUUGUAGCAGAACUCUUUUUGGGCUGGCCACUGUAUCCUGGAUCAUCAGAAUACGACCAGAUCCGUUACAUCAGUCAGACCCAAGGUCUACCGACAGAGAACAUGCUCAGUCACGCGUCUAAAACCACUAAAUUCUUCUAUCGAGAUAUGGACAGCACAUAUCCCUUCUGGAGGUUGAAAACUCCAGAAGAACAUGAAGCCGAAACAGGGAUAAAGUCAAAGGAGGCCAGGAAGUACAUUUUCAAUUGUCUGGACGACAUUGGACAGGUGAACGUUCCUACCGAUCUGGAAGGGGGCCAGCUCUUGGCAGAAAAGGUCGACAGGAAAGAGUUUAUAGAUCUGCUGAAGAGGAUGCUGACGAUGGACCAGGUAGAAAGGAGGAUAACUCCGGGAGAGGCUCUCAAUCAUCAGUUUGUCCGACUGACACACCUGAUUGAGUAUGCGCACUGCAAUAAUGUCAAGGCCAGCGUCCAAAUGAUGGAGGAUUUUUCGCAGGUGUGCCGCCGAACCGAUUACAACACCAGUACAAAUUCACACCAUCAACAGACGCAGCAAGCCCCAUCUUUGGUCGCCAAUUUUGUACCGAGCUCGAACGGUAAUGUGACGUUCACAAUCAACAAUCAGCUGACCAACCAAGUACAAAGGCUGGUGAGGGAUAGGUCUGGUUAUGACAAUUUGUAUCAAAUCUACAAUGGCAGAACAGUUGGAAGGCAGUAUGCUACCAGCAGUAGAGCUGAUCCCUUCCAGCACCAGCUGGUGUCUAGCAUACUGUGUCCUGCUGGGUAUCAGGGCAUGGGUGGAUCUCCAGCAAAGCACGUGACAGUCGUUCAACAGCAACAGCUCCAGAUCCAGCCUCCGAUAUUGAGCCAACCUGGCCAACAGCAGUAUGUUCCAGUCAGUGUUGUGGAGCCUACUGGGCGACAAAUGUUAUUGACUAACGCUGUGCAAACAUCUUGGCCGACCAGUCGGCAACAGAUGGCGAUAGUUCCAUCAUGGCAGCAGAUCCCCCCACAGCAUGCAGCCAUCCAACAACCGCUGCUUUCCGAGGCUGAAUGGGGCAGGCCGCUACUUGUCGAUUCCUCUGCUAUCCUGCAAGAGCAACGUCCUGUCUUUCCGGUAGAUGUCGCCACUGAAGUGUACAAUCCGACAAUAGUGGAACAUUCAAGCAGUUCCUGGGGUUCAAGUAAAAGAAGUUCGAAGAAUCAUCAUGGCCAACAGUCGAAUUCCCAUCAUCAUAAUCACCAUCACUUAAUGGUUCCUACUCAUCAUAGAUCUCAGCAUGACAAGAAAGAACAGACGCAGCUCAGUCCUGUUAAGAAACGGGUCAAAGAAGGAACCCCUCCAUCAGAGCAAAUCAACUACACCAGCAACAGGAGGAAUCAUAGUCCGAACACGCAGUGGCAGCAUCCGUCACAUCAACCGGUAAUCUCCCACGAUCACCACACGCAGACUGUCCAUCACCAUCAUCACCACCACCACCACGGCAAGCAGCAUACAAUAACGAUAAAUGACACCCCCUCGCCAGCUGUUUCGGUCAUCACGAUCUCGGACAGCGAAGACGAAGGUUUGCCCGGCAAGAAAUCCAUCCACACCAGCACUAACCCGCCCCAACCGCAGCAGCCGCCUCUGACUGCUGCCCUAAGAAAGAAUGUCAUCAGCUGCGUGAGCGUGCAAGACAGCGACAAUGAGGAGAGGAGCUCUGGCAACUCGGCAAAGAAUGUGCACAACCAAAGUAGCGGCAACAUUUACAACCAGGUGAUCAAGAACGAACCAUGUCAGAGCCAAAGCAGCAGCCACAGUAGCACAAACUACGCUUCGAUAUCACAGAAGAAGAGACUUUUGGCGAAGGCUCAGUCCGAAUGUAUGUUGAACGUGCCGACGAAGCAAGAACCGACAGAUUACAACUACCUCCAACAGUGCGGUUCGGCAUGUAAGGAAAUCCCACAGGCCUACCAAUACGUCAACCACGACCAUCAUCAGCAGAACUAUUCGUCCAACGACAAACGUGUCUCGUGGGGCCCGCCGCCGCCGCCUCCUGCUGCUCACAACACUUCGAGCAGUCACUCGUCGAGGCGGCACUCGGCCGUACCAGUCGUCAGCCUGCAGGAAUAUUCGGUGCCGGCGCAGUCGCACAACGAUUACAUCCAACCGCCUGCGGCUCACUCGACGAGGGACGGCCUCACAAUAGCGCGCGAGCAGCACCUGCUGGCGCCCGGCAAAAGUUGGGGGCCACCGCAGGGCAUGCACCCGAACUACAGACAUAGUCAGACGCACCUGUCGCCACAACCUUUGGCGGGCGCACCUCGGCUUUCCCCCCAGCAUACCUUAGCUGCUGCUGGUCAGCCGUUGUACCACCAGACGGAGCUGUACCGUCGGCCUGUGUACGUGACGACGACGCAACCCGCGUACAUACCCGCCACUCACCAAGUGGCGCCAGCUGGCCGGGCCUUACCUCCGCCUCCAGCCCAUCAUUCCAGCGCCAGGCCCGUACUGGCCAGUCAUGCCAGUCACCCGCUACCGGCCCACUUGCAGUUUCCGUCGCACGCCCAAGUUGCUGCAGCCUCUUAUGGCUUCGCUCCAUUGAGUCCAGCAAAGAGUCACCAAUACCAGCCGGCGAGUCUUUGGUUCGCCGAAUAAAAAAUAAUUUACGUGUUAGUUUAUGUUGUUCCCGUACAUUCGUAUGGUUAUUUGUAACGAGUAAUGUUUUAGUUGCAACGAUUAGUUUUGUAUGUUCAGUAUGAGAGAUAUUAAGUAGGUGUUGUGUUGACGACUGGGGGAAACCCGGAAGUAGAGCUUUUCUGAUUACGGAUUGCCGUGUUGUAUACAUUUUUGGAAGAAAAGAAUCUCUAAUGUUCACUUUUGAAAGUAUGAUUAUUCAAGGUUGGAUGAAAAUAUGAAAGGUCGUGCAUAAAAUUUGCAGUCCUCUUAAAUGUAGAAUACAGUCUUCGGAUUUGAAAAUUCAUGUUUUUAACAAAUUUUUAAUAAACUCAAAAUUUGGAUGUAAUCUGUAUUCAGGUCUGGAUAAUUUGUAUGCAUGCAAUUCUUGAAAAAAAGAAGUUUUCUGAAACAAUCAGCAUAUUUCAUUGCUUGAUUUUUGUUUAUUUAUCUAAAAAUUGUUUUUUCCGGUUUUGAUGAAAUUACAUUGAAAAAAAUGUGGUUUUGGUUAUUGAAAUUAUUGAUUGGUAAUAAAAUCGAGAAAUUUGUUAUUGUAUUCUCCACAACUAAAAAUAAAUUGAUAGUUUGUCAACUUUAUGCAUUGGAUCAUUCAUUCAUUUACCAUGUUCUUGUUUUUUUUUCUUGCAAAAAUGUUUACAAAAACAUAGAAACGCUCUAUUACGGAACGCGUGGUUUGGUAUAUUCAUCAAAUUUUAGGUUGAACAGUUUUGAAUUUGUUAUAA